AUGGGUGACAACGCCAAUGGACCUGGAAUGAACAGAGUUAAACAAUUAAUUGAAAAUGAAAUACCGGGCACAUAUGUGAAGUCCUUAAUGAUCGGAGGUAACAUUAUUACGGACACAAUCAACGGUUUCCUGAUGCAUCCAACUGAUCAGGUCGAGUACGCCUGCAACUUAAUCCAAUCCGACCCCAACUUAGCGCAAGGCUACUAUGGAAUAGGAUUUUCGCAAGGUUCCCAGUUUAUUCGUGCAUUAGGUCAAAGAUGCUCAACUCCAAAAAUGAAAGGCCUGAUCUCGAUCGGUGGUCAACAGCAGGGCGUUUACGGAAUUCCAUUCUGUAAUCCCGACUUUCUGGAAUUCUGCGGUGCCAUUCGCCCGAUAGUCACGCACUUUGCCUACGAGAGCUUCCAAUUUUUAGUGCAGGCGACCUAUUGGCACGAUGCCCUCAACUCGACUGAUUACGCGCACAGAAACACCUUCAUGGCCGAUAUUAAUAACGAAUUGCGCAUCAACCAAACCUACGUUGAUAAUCUGCAGGCCUUAGAAAAAUUCGUCAUGGUCAAAUUUGAACAGGAUGGAAUGGUGAUACCGAUAGAAUCUCAAUGGUUUGGAUUCUAUAAACCCGGCCAGGGGACCGUAACAGAAUCUCUGCAGGAAUCUAAAGUAUAUACUCGCCUAGGACUAGAUAAGUUAGGAUCUGAAGGUAAACUGCACUUUUUGUCGUGUCCCGGUCUACAUUUACAAUUUACACCUGAAUGGUUUGUCGAACAUAUUAUCAAAGCUCAUUUGAAAUAA